GCCGAAGCGAGCGCACGCGCGCCGCUGUCCACACGCAUCCACGUGAUACCACGCGAGUACAGUGCAGUGCGAGACUACCGCCCGCCACCGCGCGAGUGUUAAGUGACGGCGACUCAGUGCUCUGAAGUGGAGACUCGGGCCGGCGGCGCCGCAGGGCCCGUUCUCGGCCCGGGCGGCGGAAUGGAGUCCCCGCAGAUGUACGAUGCGGCCGCUGCGCCGCCACCGCCGCCGCAGCCAGACCUCAAGAAGGCGGCCGAGGACAAGCGAGCCCCCUUCCCGCCACCGGACCUCGACGAGCUCAAUGGACAGGAGAUCAGCUUGGACUUACAACACCUCAUCGAGGAUCAAUUCAGGGGCGAGGAGACGAUGGCCCUGUUCCAGGAGAUACUUCCUGGCGGCCGGUCUCCUCAGCCCCGGCCGUUUGCGCGCACGACGCUAGCCUACAUGCCCCAGCCGGUGCAUUCUGGAGCGUCGUACGCUGCUCCCGUCCCUGCAAACUCAGGACACGAGCAGGCGCCACCGAUAAAGGAGGAACCCCCGGAACCACAUGACUUCAGACGCUCAGUCACAUGUGCUCAAUACACAGGCCAGUACAACCCGCAGCCACCUGUCGGAGUCGGUGGACCUUACGGGGGAGGGUUCACGCCGCUUCCGCCUCUAGGUGCUCCCUUACUUCCUCCGCUUUUGAAACACAAACCCGCUCCAGCGAGGCGAUCCUCAGGCAAAGCCAUAGACAAAGGCACAGACGAGUACAGACGAAGACGCGAGCGCAAUAAUAUAGCGGUGCGAAAGUCCAGAGAAAAAGCUAAAGUGCGUUCAAGAGAGGUUGAGGAAAAGGUAAAAACGUUGUUAAGGGAGAAAGACGCGUUGUUGAAGAGGUUGGAAGCGGUGUCAGGGGAGCUGAGUCUUCAUAAGCAGAUGUACGUGCAUCUGAUUAACUUGAACCAUCCGGAGAUCACUGAGUUGUGUCGAUCGAUGCUGCAACUUGGAGCGCCGCAUGGACAGGAUCACACACUUUGACUGUAGAUGGAGCCACUGAGAAGUCAGCGAGUGAUAACUGUGCAUUAACAUUAUCAAAUAUAGUGACACCUCUUUACGUACAGUAAGCUUAGUUAGCAAAAUUACUUUGUGAUUUUUACAGUUUACUUUUAUAAUAUUAAUAAUACACGGAUAGUUUAGUUGUUAAGAUUGAAUUUACGGAAUCAGAUUUGUAGAAAAGAGGAUGCGACUGUUAGAUGACCAUUUGAAAAAUGAAUGAAUUAAUUUGAAUGAUGGUCAUCGGAAAAAUGUAAAGAAUGUAAGAUGGCAUUUAAAGUAAAUAAAUCAUUGAUAUUUCAUGAAACAUGAUAAUACGUACUUCAUAAAAAUGUGUUUAAUUAUAAAAGGAAAAUGGGAAAAGGAAGGCAGUAUGCGAAAUCGCUACUGAAAGAAUGGGACAGUGUCAUUCUCUUUUCUACUCCCUUGUGAUGACCUUUGAAAUCUGAUGAAGCGACUCCUGGCUGCAAAGAAGUGAUCUCAAAAGACGCGGCUUGGUAUCGCUAUAGCUCACAUUGUCACUGCCAUUGUGUCUCGAAAAUGUCCUUUAAAUUAAGCAUCAUAAGGUCUAACUUUAAACUAAAAGGCUGCUGUAGAUAAGACCUUUCAUCGAUCAAUCAUGAAAAAUAACAUGAAUUCAUUUUUAAAUAAAUUAUAUAUGACAUUUUGAAUUUAUCAUACAUUCAAAUUCUCAUCCUCUUUCAGUAAGUUAUUUUUGUAAAUGUUAUAGAAAACGCUAGAACCAUUCAAUAUUCAUUAAACACAUUGGCCAAAUUGACUGAUUCAUAUCAAAAUACAGAAAAAUAACUGAAAUUAAACAUUUUCAACAUUUUUAUUUCGUGUUCUUGUUAAGAUAAUUAUUUUAGUUAUUGUAAAAUAUAGCGUAACAUAUUAGUUCUUAUUGUAAUUAUAAUGUAAAUUGGUUGUAUAUAAUUUCGGAUCAGUUAUUAAUCGAAUGAUUUAGAAUUAAAUAAUUCUCUCUUUUUACUCUCUCAUGUUUCCGAAAUACUCUUUGAAGUCUGCAAAAUAAUUUUAAAAUAUCAUCUUCAAAUGUAUUUCAUAAAUUGUCACUUCGAAAUAACUUUCCGAUAUUUAUAUAUAUAACUUUAUGACUUUACUAUCAAAUAAUUCUUUGUUGAAUGUUAAUUAUUUCUUUAAUGGAGAAUAUGAUUUAUGUAAAUAAAAAAUACUUUAAUUCUAACGCUAAGCGUAGUGUUACUGAUAUGGGUUACAAUUAAUAAUUAUUUUUGUUGAUUUCUAAAAUUUUUAUUCCUAAACAAGUACCUUUAUUAAUUUUUGUUAGAUAUUUUUCUUGUCUACGUUAUGUUAAGGUUUAGAAGGAGUUUUAAAUUAAAAGAUAUGAUAAAAUCAUUGUUUUUAUUGUAACGGAUGGAAAGUACAAGGAGUUAUUUAUGUUAAAAGUAUGUUUAAAUAUUGAUGUAUGUUAAAAGCUACUUAAUUGAUAUACGGAAGCUACAAGCACGGGUUAAGGCUGCUUAAAAAAUAAUUUUAUUUUAAAAAGAAAGGUGCCAACCGUCACGCCACGAAGUGUUAAAGCCAAGUCCACAUUGGGAUUUUUUAUUUUUAAGUACAUUGUACCGCUAAAUGUUAAUAAUCAUUCUAAAUAAAUAUGUUAAAAUAACAUAAUGUGGAUACCGCCUCAUUCAAAUGAAAUAAAUACUAAAAUUGAUUUAUUUUACAAUAAAUAUAAAAAUAACUAAUUAAGGGCUGGCAAUUGUAAAACGGGUCAAGAAACAUUAUAGUUACCAGAUGGAAUCCUACACUGUAAUAGAGAAUAAGAAAAUGACUUCUGCACAGCUUUACAAAUGGUAAAUAUAUUUACAACGAUAAAAGUGUGUAUAUUUUACAAAAAAAAUACAUUUUACAAAACUUAAAGUGUUCUGAAAAAUAUUUUACGUUUGAACAUGUAGAAGUCAUAAUAUAGAGAAAUAGUCGCUUGGAUACUCCGUCCCAUAUUUACCUGCGUUUAUAAAAGUGUAUACUGUUAUUUCUACUAUUUAUAUAUUUUUCACUACUUAAAUAUAAAAUACAGAAAAAUACAUAUUUUACUAAAAAUAUUCGUUUUGUCAUUCAUAUUAUUAUCAUAAGGUAAAAGAAUAUGUAUACAAUUUAUAUGAUAAUAAAGUACUAUUUUGUAUAAAUGAACUGUUUAAUAGGCCAUUAGAAACAUAGUUUCAAGAUUCGAACUCCUUAGCAUUUGUUUAUUGUUGUUUUUUAUUAAAUUAUAUUUGUUUUUUUCUUUUCUACGUCGUCCAGAUGGUGCUAUGAGAUCAAAUCUUUCUCUUAUUUCUGAGCCAAAGACUUACAUGCGUAUUUUGCGCCGUUUUAUUAAAAAAAAACUAAGAAAGUUAUCUAGUACACCGACUGUUAAAAAUUUAUGUAAAAAAAAUAUUAAAAUUAAAUGUUAUAAUUUACACUUCCGAAAAAAAUAUACAAAGCUGUAUAUUUAAUUAUUGUAGAUUUUACUCAAACGUGUAAACAAACGAAAAUUCAAGUCGGUUCUCAGAUAUGUUUCUCGUAUUAUUUUUCAACUUGGUAACAUUAUGUAUAUUUUUGCUUGAAAAUCCUGUAUAUUUCAUAAUAACGCCUUGCAAACGUUUCUGACAAUAAUGUUAGUGCUAAGAGGUUAGGCAUCCGAUUAUUCCGAUGUUUUAGGUGCAAUUAAA